AUGGAUUUCGAUCUGAACGGAGGAAACAAGCGAGUUUUCAAUCGACUCGGCGGGUCGACUCGUCAGGCGGCGCCGCCAACGGAUACAAGGCAGAAAAACCAGGUUUGUUUCCACUGGCGAGCUGGGCGGUGCAAUCGAUCCCCUUGCCCUUACCUACACCGGGAAUUACCGGGUCCGGGUCAGGGUCCUGGUUAUACUACGAACAAAAGAGUCGCUGAGGAAUCCGGGUUCGCGGGUCCGAGUCACCGGAGAGGACCUGGGUUUAACGGGAGCUCUAGUAACAGCUGGGGGAGAUUCGGCGGGAACAGGACGGUGACGAAGACGGAGAAGCUCUGCAAUUUCUGGGUAGAUGGGAAUUGCACUUACGGCGAUAAGUGUAGAUACUUGCAUUGCUGGAGUAAAGGAGAUAGCUUCUCGCUGUUGACUCAGCUUGAUGGCCAUGGGAAGCUUGUGAGUGGCAUUGCUUUGCCUUCUGGCUCUGAUAAGCUUUACACUGGGAGCAAAGACGAGACGAUCCGUGUUUGGGAUUGUGCUUCUGGACAGUGUACAAAUGUGCUCAAUCUUGGUGGGGAAGUUGGCUGUGUGAUUAGUGAAGGACCUUGGCUUUUGGUUGGCAUGCCAAAUGCUGUAAAGGCAUGGAAUAUAGAGACUAGUGUAGACCAGACUCUCACUGGACCUGUUGGCCAAGUUUAUUCUCUUGUUGUGGGUACUGAUCUACUCUUCGCUGGCACACAGGAUGGUUCGAUUUUGGCAUGGAGAUAUAACGCUGCCACGAGCUGCUUUGAGCCGGCUGCUUCACUGAAGAGUCACACGCUUGCGGUUGUGACCUUGUAUGUUGGGGCAAACAGACUUUAUUCGGGUUCUAUGGACAAAACUAUAAAAGUUUGGAGCCUGGAUAAUCUACAGUGUAUACAAACGCUUACAGACCAUACGUCCGUUGUAAUGUCUCUCAUUUGCUGGGAUCAGUUUCUUUUGUCUUGCUCAUUGGACAACACUGUCAAGAUUUGGGCUGCAAUUGAAGGUGGAAACUUGGAAGUGACAUACACUCACAAAGAAGAACAUGGAGUGUUAGCUCUAUGUGGUGUACAUGAUGCAGAAGCCAAGCCGGUUUUGUUAUGCUCUUGCAAUGAUAAUUCCUUGCGCCUCUACGACUUGCCAUCAUUUACGGAGAGAGGCAAAAUCUUUGCAAAGCAAGAGAUAAGGUCGAUCCAGAUAGGUCCCGGGGGCAUAUUUUUCACCGGUGAUGGGACUGGUCAAGUAAAAGUAUGGAAAUGGUCCACUGAGCCAACCGCAGCUUCGUCUUGA